CUCUUGGUUUUCUAUUCUGAGCAAACUCAGUUGUUUCUUCUCUUUCUUUUCUCUUUCUCCCUGUUAGGUAACCGAAAGAAAGAGAAAAACAAAAUGGAAAAGCUUGUAAACAAGUCUUUCUUUUCUUCUCUGUCUUCCUCUGUCUUCUUUUUUUUCUUCUCCUCGCUCACUCUUUUUAUUUCCCUCUUCUUAUUAUCUUCCUAUUCUCCCUCAGUUCAUCACGUAGAACUUGUUUCUCUUUCUCUCUCUUAUUCUCUCUUAAUACUUUCUCUUUAAAAUCUCUUUUCAUUUAGUUAAACAUUCACAGUUAACAACAACAAUAACAACACCGACAAUUAAUAUAAACUGUGUUUACCUAAUUGUUAAUCAAUUGAUCUUCUUCUAAUUUCAAUAAUCACCAAUCUCUCAUCUUUUUCUCAAUAAUAAUUAUCAUCAUGGAAGACGAUAUAUUCAAAAUUAUCCAAGAUGCAAGUGGCCCAAGGACUAUUGAAAGGCGAACCUCUUUAACCUCGAAAAUUCUUGGUAAUGCUAAAGAUUGGAUCAAUCAAUCAAUCGUCGUUAAUCGUCGAUACUCUGAAUCUCAAAGCGAGGAUGGUUAUGCUCGUAGUUUCUCAUCUUCCCAGGGAGACCAUUUUGAAGGUCUGGGUGAUUUAAUUUUCCGUAAAAGGAGUCAAUCAAUUACCGGAGAAAAUCCAGUUAAAGCGGAAGCUAAUAAUUCCAAUAAAUUUCAUUUAAAUUGUGACAUUUAAUUACUCUGUUCUCUCACCAUUUACUCGAAACGUUACGCAAAAUUUUUAUAAAUUACUAGAUACCGAAGCUAGUCGAUCAGCUAGUCAGUCAGUCAGUCGAUCAGCAAGCAACUCGGCUGACUGAAGUUAGUCGAUUUUGAGUCGACUUAAAUGCAAAAUUAACUUGAAUUUCGAGUCAUAUCGUCCAUUCAAAAAUCAAGUGUACCAACUAAUAAAUUUUCUGGUUUUAAA